AUGAUUCCCAGCAGAGGAAUUGCUCGGUCCUUUCCCGCGGGAUUCACCAGAGGCCAGACAACAACCCGAUUGAUCGGCCGCACAUUUGCGACACGAUCGAUUCCGAGCAAUCGAAAUGCCGCAAUAAUCUCCGGACAGGGCAUGCGCGCCAGAUUAUCUCCUGCGGCGGCUGGCAUCACCCCAUUAGCUCUCGGCAGUGUCGCUGCUAGCCGCAACCUGUCUCUCUGGGGCUGGGGCAGCAGCAGCAGCAAGACCAGCGAGCAGGCCCUCGAGGAGGCGCGCCGGGCCGAAGCAGCCGCACAAGAGCAGCAGCAUGCGGCCUCGAGCGCCGCCGACGCCGCGACCGACAGCAUCUCAGCUGCACCGCCGCUGACGGAGCCGACGACCACGGCGCCCCUAGCCAACAGCGACCUGAGCGACUUUGGCGGCGGCGGCGGCGGCGGCGGCAACAGCGGCCUGAGCGCCACGGAUCUCCUCGACUUGUCGUCGACCGAGCCGGGAUACCUGGCGGCGCUGGGUCUGGACAACGGAUGGGGCCCGACGUCGGUGAUGCAGUGGUUGCUGGAGUACAUUCACACGUCGACGGGCUUCGGCUGGGGCAUGAGCAUCGUCGCGUCGGCCUUUGCGCUGCGUGCCGCCAUGCUCAUCCCGCACAUCAUGCAGAUGCGCAACGGCGGCCGCGUCGCGCACAUGCAGGCCGACCCGCGCGCCGUCGAGAUGAACCGCCUCACCAAGGAGUCGCUCGCCGCCGGCGUCGACGGCAUGGAGAAGCGCCAGCAGGCAAAGGUCAUAGCCGACCUGCUCAAGAAGGAGUACGGCGUCAACAACGCGAACCUGCUCUGGCUGGUGGUGCAGUUUCCGUUUACGAUUGGCCUGUUCAAGCUUGUGCGCCAGAUGGGCAACCUGCCCGUGCCUGGCAUGGAGGACGCGGGCUUCCUGUGGUUCACCGACUUGACUGCCCGCGACCCGUACUUUGUUCUACCUGCCCUGGCCACCGGUCUCAUGAUUCUCUCGAUACAGAUUGGCCAAAAAUACAUGGCCUCAGCGCAGCGAAAGAUGAUGAAGCCCAUGUCCUGGGUACUGGGCGGUGUCGGUUUCUUGUUUACUAGUUUCCUCGCCGCCGGCAUCAACGUCAUGGGUAUUGCCUUUGCCGGCGCAACCCUCGCCACCUCGCUGAUUCUCGAUAUCCCCUCGCUCCGCCGCCGCCUCGGCCUCCUCAUGGGCCCGCCCCCCGAGCCCGCCUCGUCCGUCAGUGCCCGCACUUCCUCUACUGCCGCCAGCGGCGGCUCGUCUCUCUCUGAGCUUAUCCCCAAGGGCAUCCGCUACGAGGCACCCCGCGGUGCCGCCGUACCACCGCCCAAGCCGACGACAGCCCAGGAGGUCGCCAAGCCUCUGAGUUUUGCCGAGCGCGUCAACAGCAGCUUCAAUGACGCCAAGCAGGGCAUGUCGCAGCAGCUCGGCAGCUUCGGCGGCCGCAUGGCGGCGACAGACGCGGAAAAGGCGGAACGCAAUCGCAAGGAGCUGAUGCAGAAGCUUGAGGACAAGCGCCGGCAGCAGGAGCGCGAAGAGUUUAGCAGGAAAUACAAGGGCAAGAAGUAG